AUGGCCCGCGGUAACGGAGUUUCUGCGCUCGUCAGGCUGCUAUGGCCGUUGUUUUAUUUCGCACGACUGGCCGGAAGUAUACCAACAAUAAGAGUGCAGUAUCUCCCCCCGAUGCCACUCAAACGAUUUAUCGAGCCUCGAUCAGAUGGAAUGGAUCCCACUCCAGCGAUUUUCCUAGAGCAGAUGGAAAACCCAUCAGAAGUCUUCUCAGUGUUACUAAUUAUUGGUGGUGAUAUUAUCCGAAAGGCAAUCGCCCAGUUGGCAGGCGAAAAAAUUACGUUGGUCUCAUUCAGCUUCGGGUGGGUUGCAUAUGCAUUCAACGCGCUCAUGUCGGCGUUUGGAGACGGUCAACUCAUGCCGGAGCCGGAUUACCCAGCAGUCGUUAUCACUGCCAGCAGUGGCAUUAAAAAAACAAAUAAUUCUUGGGUUCUCGGAAGAUUGAUUAGGGACCUGGAAUUCGAAGUGGAGAAGCAGUUCGAGACUUGGACGGAGCAGGUCAAGGAGGACGGCAAGAUGAUCAACAAACUGACAUCAGAAUCCGACUCGGGAAUGCUGAUAACCGUUUUUGAAGCCGGUGAGAACCCAGGAGUCCAGAAAUGGGACAAGUGCUGGGUCUUGUUCUUCAUCGUGCUGCCGACUCAGUUGGCAAUUGCUGCCGUUCCGGUCAUCACGAAACGGAAUUGGUCAAUACUGUUCCUGACCGUCAUUGGGACAAUCCUGGCCAUCAUCACGGGAUCUCUGCGAGAAUGGAGACUGCAGAAAUAUAGUUGUCGCAAAAACACAUCAGAUACGUAUAUUCUCACGCGGGGAAACGGCCAUCCUCACGUAUUUGUCAUUUGUCCGGGAUCCAACGCUGGACUAUAUCUUCAUGACCUUGCCGGUGCAACCCGAAGAGCCGACCUGAGAACAAGAGUAAACUCGGUGAUACUGGCCAUCCUUUGGUUGGUCUUUCUCAUUACGGCGGGAGGGCUGAAAACAGAUACCUGGUUUCUCCUUGCGGUGGGAGCUGUCGGAAUGGCUCAGAAUAUUCUCGUCGCAGGGUUACCGCGAAAACCAGACGCUACUGGCAUUCCGCUGAAGCAGACAACGCUAAACUUCGGCCGUAGGGAGAAGGAAAAGAAGAGGCCCAAGGUGAUGUCUGUUCUUUUUGAGAUUGAAGAUAAGCUUCCGGGAAUCGGACUUGCCAUUAGGCGAGAGUUUUUCCCUGAUUACGCCCUACGUGAAAGUGAAAUUGAGAGGUGGAAUGAUAUAGAGGCGAAACUGAAACAAAAAUAG